AAAAAACCCUCCAACUUCAAUGGCGUCGGGGGAACAUUCAUGGAUAUGUCUUUCAUGUAAAACUAAAACAUCUUACUUCUCUUCAGAUUGUUAGUUUCCUCCUUAUAUAUAAACCACAACAAAUCUUCCUCACCAUACUGUAAAAAUCACCGACAGAUGACCCAAAAGAAAAACAAUGAAAAGGUUUGUGGAGAAUAAUAUAUCAGAUUCAGAGCUCAACAUGUAUCUUGUCGAUGGUUUUGACGAAUGUCCAGCAACAACAGCUUUCACCGGUGUCGUUCCUGAACCUUUCUAUAACAGAAGUUCAAGCUUUAGUGGUGUUUUUCUGAACGAAAGCCGGGGUGAUUUGCCCUUAAAGAUUGAUGAUUCCGAGGAUAUGUUGGUCUAUGGUGCUUUGCGUGAUGCGGCGAACCCCGGGUGGAGUGGUCCGAGCGAGGUUGAUUUGAAGACGGUGGCAGAGGCGGAGGUGGAGGUGGCGGUGCCACAGCAGGAGAUGCGUUUUAAAGGAGUGAGAAGAAGGCCAUGGGGGACGUACGCUGCGGAGAUUAGAGACCCUAAGAGGAAAGGUGGGAGGAUUUGGCUGGGGACUUACGAGACGCCCGAGGAUGCUGCAUUGGCUUAUGAUAAAGCCGCAUUCGAAAUGCAUGGGGCUAAGGCUAAGCUCAAUUUUCCUCACUUGAUUGGAACUGAUUGUAGUUGGGAGCCAAUUAGAGUAGGGUCAAGGCGCCGCUCACCGGAACAUUCAGCUUGGACGGCGUUAUCCGGAUCCACCAAUUGUCCCGCUAAGCCCAAGAAGAAGAAGAAUCGCGAAAUUAGCAUUCAGGCUGAGGCAAGCUUAGCUGCGGAGAUGAUUGAAAUGAGUCCUUUUAUUUAACCAGUGUUAAUGUACCCCUGGGAUUUCAUAUAUUAAGUUUAUCAAAUAUCACAAAAUUCUUUAAA